GAUAACGAUACUUUUAGUAAUGUGGACUAUUUAAAGGAUUUGAAUUUUAGUGUGAGUUUAAUGAAUGAAAGCUUACAUUUCGGCGCUGAGUUGGAUAUUUUAUUUCGUCCUGAGCGAGUGCUGAUUGCACUCUAUGUGCCAAUUAUCCUACUUUCCCUCAUCGCCAACAUUCUACUCAUCGUUGUAGCGGUUAAAUGUAAUUAUACCAAAAACGUGACCAAUAUAUUCCUCGUCAAUUUGUCAGCGGCCGACCUGCUGGUAACCAGCAUCUGCAUGCCCAUACAGCUGAGCAAAGCCAUCACUUUGGUAUGGUUUUAUGGAGACACCGUUUGCAAAAUUGUCAACUAUAUUCAAGGGGUGGCGGUAGCGGCAAGCGUGUUCACGUUAACCGCAAUGUCCGUAGACCGAUGGCUGUCGAUAGCACCGGAGCCUCGGCUGCGCCCGCCGUCGCGUCGUCAGGCGGUACUGCUGCUAGGUUUGCUGUGGGUCGCCGCAAUGCUCGUCUUCAUCCCACUGCUCGUCGUCGCCACCGUCAGGAGGGAGGCCGUGCCUAUCAUAUCCAAGGCGGCCAAUAAUAUAUCUAUAGAAACGAGAGACGUGCACUUCUGCACAGAGGAAUGGACGGGACCAGAGACGAGGAAAAAAUUUGGAACUUUCAGUUUCACACUAGUGUAUGCGAUACCUGGUUCAAUCACGUUAUUGUCGUACGCGUGCAUGGGCCGCACGUUGUGCUCCGUUCGACCUCCGUUUGACAUCGACGAGGGCAACGUCAGCAUGCAACAGGGUAUAAGAUUGAUGAAGGAAAGGAAACGAGUUGCGUGGAUCCUGUUACUUCUGGCGGUACUGUUUGCGCUCUGCUGGCUGCCCUACAACAUCAUGCAAUUGCUGUUGGACAUGAACGCCGUCGAUCCCAAACAUCUCAGCAUUUAUCUACCUUACGCAUUGUUUAUAGGUCACGCGAACUCCGCUAUCAACCCCAUAGUGUAUUGCCUGAUGACGCGCAACUUUCAAAGGUCAGUGCGGAAACUUGUCUGCGGCCGCGCCGCCUGCAAACAGACCAAGUUCACGUGGAGAUGUAAUCAGAAGCCCGAGCGGUCUUCCAGUGAUUACGAGCUAUACCAUGAACCUCAUAAAAGAUGUUAUAUACAUAUGAAGACAUUACGUCACAAUGGCGAGACGCACGGCGGGUUGGUGGCGCGCGACCAGCGGCAGACGACGCAGCUGAGUAACGUGACGCGCUCCUCGCGCCGCACAGCGCCCGCGCAUCUCCUCUCCGCCGAGAUGCUGCAGCGGCACGGACAUAUUGAUCUCAAACGUUGA